CCUCUACUACGCUAUAGAUGAUGGAUUAUCAAACUAAAACUCUUCAGGAGCAACGUUUACCAUUAUUUCUGUGCUAACAGUGAUGAGUGGCGGUCGGAAAUGCGGGAGUGUUUGACGCCGAGCGAUCUGUGAUUGACGCGAUUAUUGUUCUGACUGCAUUUUUUUCCUGCGGGGAUCCACUAGAAAAAAAUCACAAAAAAGAAAGUUGAAGUUAUUGGAAGCGAAUCCGCCAAUCAGUCACACCGUAGCGCCGGGACCAUGAAGAAAGCAAUGAUAACAAUACCGGGUUCCGCAGAAGCAAAGGAAAUUAUCGUUACGGAAAAUGAAUUACAACUGGAAACCUCAACGUGAGAUGAUGGGUGCUACUUACAAGAACAAAAUGCGAACUUUCAAAGGAUUUUUCGUGAAAAUUAAGUUCAAGAGUGCUAGAUGUUGGGAAUUGGGAGAUUUCUGGAGUGUGCUAUGUUUUUUGGUGUUUUUGUGUUGUGUGAGUUCGGUUGAGUGCAAUAGACCUCCUAGGUUCUUGAUCGAUGGACAGACUGAGAUAGUUUUAAGACUUAAAGAGGGUGAAGAGACUCCAGUAGGUUCUGUUAUUUAUAAAUUGAGAGGACUAGAUCCUGAUGGUGACGCUCUUCAAUUUGGUGUUCGUACACAAACAGGAAGCGACGUCAUACGUGUUGAAAAUAUCUCACCAAAUGAAGCCAAUAUCUACCUCAACAAAGAGUUGGACAGAGAGGAUCGUGACGAAUAUGCUCUAGUACUAACUUUAACAGAUGGCAAAUUAGGCCAUAACAAUUUCAUAACCCAGAGUUUACUUCUUCUUGUGGAAGAUGUGAAUGAUAAUGUACCAAUAUUCAAGAGCUUUCAACCAACGGUUUACCUUAGGGAAGAUGCCACUCCAGGUGUAAUUGCUGCUUUAGAAGCGACAGAUAAUGAUGAAGGUCCCUAUGGACAAGUUGUGUAUCAUCUGCAAGAACUAGAGCCCGAUGAAAAGGAUCUUUUCAGUUUGACAACAUCUGGAGGAAAAGCAGUCGUCAAACUCAUAGGACAUCUGGACUAUGAGAAGAAAAAUGUCCACCAACUCAAAGUGCUAGCAGUUGAUCGUGCCAAACAAGGAAGGAUUAAUACAGGUGUAGCAGCUCUACUCGUCAAAGUAGAAGAUGUGGAAGAUCAACCGCCAGAAUUUGUUCGCGUGAGCCCUGUCGCUAAAGUAGCUGAAAAUUCGCCAAUAGGAACAUCCGUUCUACAAGUCAUUGCCAUAGAUGGUGAUCGAGGAAUUAACAAUCCAAUCUCUUAUUCUCUUUCAUCGAAUAUCAUAACUGGAGUUCUGGAUCUUUUCACCAUAGACCAAACCACUGGUGUUGUAAAAACAAAAGCUGUUUUAGAUAGGGAAUCCAUGUCUGAAACAUCUGGAACUUUUGUUCUGCAGGUCAUAGCUACAGAACGAGGAAGUGAAAUAGUGCCAUCACCCUGGGCUUCGACGGAAGUCACUAUUAUCGUCACUGACGUCAACGAUGAAACACCUAUGUUUAGAAGUAAACAUUACGACUGCGAAGUAGCUGAAAAUUCCCCUGUCAAUACCCCCUUGACGUUUUUGAAAUCGUCAAUACCAGAAGUUUUCGACUACGAUCAGGGUCUGAACGGAACCUUUCAACUCUACGUAAAAGGCGCUGGCGACAUGUUCGAUAUUUCCCCUACAAAAGCCAUAAAUGAGGCCACCUUCAUGAUCAAAGUAAAAAAUUCCAGCGCACUCGAUUAUGAAAGAGUUAAGAUGGUGAAUUUCACUCUUGUAGCAAAGGAGGUGGUGAAAAAUAAUCCGAAAUUCACGGAAGUUACUGUAUACGUCCACAUUCUGGAUCGAAAUGACAAUUAUCCAGAAUUCAUAAGAAGCUUUUAUGACGUAAGCGUUCCAGAAAACUGUGAUAUAGGCACAACGAUAGCUUGGGUACAAGCAUUGGACGAUGAUUCUGGAAACUAUGGUACGAAAGGAGUACGAUAUACGAACUUGGCUGGAAGUAUUGAGCAUUUACUCAACCUUCAUCCAACAUCAGGAGUUAUAACGGUCAAAACAGCUGGAGGUCCAAAUUGGGAUAGGGAACAAGUAUCCAGACAUUAUCUCACAGUGGAGGCGAGGGAUAACCUCGGAAGGGGCAAUAGAAAUACCGUCCAGUUGAUAAUUAAUCUGGAAGAUGUGAAUGACAACCCUCCAUUGUUCAUUUAUAACAAAUAUGAAGCUAGACUCUUCGAGAAUAAACCUAAUUUUGAAGUGCCAAUAAAGGUUGAAGCAAGAGAUGCAGAUCUCAAUGGUACAAAAAACAGUGAAAUCGAAUACACCCUAUUCGGCGAGUUAUACGAAAACUUCACAAUCAAUGCACACACAGGCGCAAUAGAGCCUAAAUACCCUCUAGACUUCGAACUACUCGAUGGAAGUUCGAAGGAAAACGUCAGAACCUUGCUUCUGACCAUAAGAGCCAAAGACUUAGGGUCUCCUAGUCUCUUCUCCGAUGUACCACUUGUGGUUUACGUUCAAGACGUGAAUGACAACGCUCCUAUAUUCGAGUAUAACUUUUACAACAAGACCAUAUUGGAAAAUAUUACUGAAGGCACUUCAUUGAUGAAGAUAAGAGCUUGGGACGGAGAUGGAUCAUAUCCUAAUAACCAUAUCGUUUAUCGUAUCCAGAGAGGAGCCUCCGAUAAAUUCGUUAUUGGUGCCGAAACCGGGGUCAUAUCCGUUGCGAAAGGAGCCUCUUUGGACCCCGACAUCACCUCACCAAGAACCCUAGAAUAUAAAUUAACAGUUAUAGCCCUCGAUGGUGCUCCAGGGGAAAAUAGACUCGAAAAAUCUGUCACAGUAAUCAUCAACGUUAUUGACGUUAACAAUAAGAAUCCAAUUUUCCUAGAAUCACGAAAAUCUAAACUCAAAGAAAAUGUUCCGGUUGGUACGAUUGUUUCGAAAGUUGUCGCAAAAGAUCUAGACACAACUGCUAGACUAUUCUAUUCGACCAACCCAAACGAAUGCGAAGCUAGAAACGAAAGGGGAAACCUUCUGUUGAGGACUCCCGAUUUUGACUGUGCGAAAAUGUUUCAUCUCAAUGCCAAAACAGGAGUUUUGACAGUGGCCAAACCGUUGGACAGAGAGGUGGCCGAGAAUUUUCGAAUUUCGCUUAACGUUGAGGAUUUAGCUUCGGAGACUGGUCCGCAAAUAGCUAAAACUUUCAUCGAUGUUGAGCUGGAGGAUAUCAAUGACAACAGUCCAAAAUUCGUUAAGCCGUUCUACAGAUUCACAAUAACGGAAAACUCAAAGAAUGGUGUAGCCAUCGGAAGUGUUCUGGCAGAGGAUGCUGAUAAAAACAAAACGAUAACUUAUGCCCUGGAGGGUAAAGUUGAAUACAAGAACCUGGUAUUUCUGGAUACGUCCACUGGCAACCUUGUCGUUUCUAACAGAAUUGAUCACGAGACAUACAACUGGAUGAACCUAUCUGUGAAAGCUAUAGACUCAGGAGUACCACCUCGAUCAUCAAGGGUUGAACUCUUUAUCCAAGUGUUGGAUGAGAACGAUAACAGUCCAAUCUUCAUGGCCGAACCUACAAGGCUAUUGCUUCCUGAAGAUAUGCCUGUGGGUACGCAGGUAACGGUUAUAGAAGCUCAGGAUGCAGAUUCUGGAGAAUAUGGGAAGAUCACGUACUUAUUAGAUCGACUAUCCUCCCAGGGAAAAUUCUCAUUAGACGCUGAUACUGGGAUAUUGAAAAUUUCGGACAAACUCGAUCGAGAAGAGAAGGCUUCAUUUCUGCUGAUUAUUGAAGCUUGGGAUAAUUAUCAGUAUGGCUUCAAUAAUGGGGAAAGCCGGAAUGCUUUCAAACAUAUAAAUGUAACUAUCCUCGACGUUAAUGACAAUAUCCCACAACUCCUAGUUCCACCAUACUGUGUAAAUGUUACUGAAUUCCAUGAAAUUGGUCAACCAAUAACCACAAUUCAUGCAUCAGAUUCAGAUGAUCCUAGUACCUCGAAUGGGCAGGUGAUCAUCGACAUAGCAGAUGGAAAUAGCUUAGAAUUGUUCAGUGUGGAGCAGAUAAACGAAUGGUCUGCCGAAUUGAAGGCUAUAGCCCCGCUCAGAGGUCGUCAUGGAAACUACACCCUGCUGAUGCGUGCGCAAGACUUGGGUACUCCUAGCCAUUUGGUGGAAGAACCAAUAUGCAUCAGUAUCAUUGAUUUCAAUGAUCACGCUCCAGUUUUUGUGACUCCUCCGCCAAACUCAACUUUACGGGUACCAGAGAAUGCGACUGUGGGAAGCGCUCUUAUACAAAUAGUAGCUACAGAUGCAGAUAUAGGAUUGAAUGGUGCCGUCAGGUAUAAAUUAAAAGCUGAUCCAGGUGGUCAUUGGAAAACUUUCAAUCUUCAACCAGUUUCCGGUAUACUAGAGCUCAGACUUCCACUCAAUAGAGAUAAACAGAAGAUAUACGAUAUAAGAAUAGAGGCGUACGAUCUAGGUACUCCAACACCACUUAGUUCCGAUUUAGAUCUGACUGUAUAUGUAAGCAACAUAAAUGACUAUCAGCCUCAGUUUUUGAGUGACGAAUUCACAGUAAGCUUCACAGAGAAUCGGGAACCAGGAGUUGAGGUUCAAAAACUCCCAGAUACUGUUGACAGAGAUGACCUUGAGUUUGAGGGUCCCCCAACUCCUAUUUGCUACUAUAUCAUUGGUGGAAACGAGGAAGAACUGUUUGAACUUGAUAAAUUCCAACACACAUUGACGAUACUGAAACCAUUGGAUCGAGAGGAACAAUCAGCAUACCUCCUUCUAGUCAAAGCUACAGAAGAUUGUUCAGCAACCCCAAGAAGCGAUGGGUUUUUCGAUCCAAAUGACGACACGCAACUGAAAGUCAUAGUCAAUGUGACAGAUGUUAAUGACAAUCCUCCCCAUUUUCUACACAGGGUGUUCACAGGAGGCGUUAGCACUGCUACAGACUUUGGUACACGCUUUAUGUCUGUGAAGGCAUACGAUGCGGAUAUUGGAAGAAAUGCUGAAAUUAAAUAUUACUUGAUUGGAAAAAUUCAGAUGACUCUGACUGAAGGUCUAGAGAAUAUACACAAACCGCCAUUCGUGGUAGACCAGGAUACGGGUGAUGUUAUUCUCAACUUUGAUCCUCAGCAAGGGAUGAAGGGUUAUUUCGAUUUUAUGGUCAUGGUAAACGAUACUGACAACUUACGAGAUAUGUCCAGGGUUUUCAUUUACCUCUUGAGGGAAGACCAAAGGGUGCGCUUCGUACUAAGGCAGCAUCCACCCGAGCUAAGAGAAAAAAUCGAAUUAUUCAGGGAGAUACUUGGUAAUGUAACAGGAGCGAUCGUAAACAUAGACGAAUUCAGGGUGCACGCUAAUCAUGAUGGAACUGUGGACAAAACAAGGACUGACUUAUACCUACACCUAGUAGAUAAAACAGAUAAUUCAAUUCUGGAAGUAGAGGAGGUCCUACGAUUGGUAGACCAGAACACUGAAAAAUUAGACAGUCUGUUCAAGGAUUUCAACGUAUUGGAUACUCAACCUGGAGGGGUUCUUGCAUUGAAAUCUUUUCAAGCCGUCAAUACAACAUUCUGGUUGACUGCUUCAUCGAUGUUUCUACUUCUCCUGCUGUGUCUAUGUUUAGCAUUGUGUUUGAAUCAAAGGCAGAGAUACCACAGGAAGUUGAAGGCUGCAACAGCAACAGCUUAUGUUGGAGCAGACUCUGAAAUCCACGAUAGAGGUCUCAGUAUCAUCAGUGGAAGAGUUCCGAAUACGAACAAACAUACAUUGCAUGGAAGCAACCCUAUUUGGCUCCAGGCAUACGAAAACGAAUGGUUCAAAAAUGGGGAUUUGUACAGUCAAGCUUCUGAGCACGAUUCACUAGACGAGAACGUCAUCAGCAACCCAGAAAGCAACCUAUGCAGUAACGAAAUGGAAGAGAAAUGCAAUAAAAGACCGCAAAACGUCUAUCAAACCCUACCUGCACCACACCCAAGAAAAUUAGAGACAACGGAAUUGUGAAUUAUCGAAGAUUUUGAAAUUUCAUUCUAGAGACAUUAAAUCGAACAGAUGAGUUCCCUAGAGACGUCCAAUUAAGCUCUUUUCACAUAAAAUAUACUGCGUCAAUAUUAUAUUCAUGAGAACAGGGUGUUUUCAAUAAUUCAACAUCACAGUUUGCUUUGUAUUAUAUUCUUCGCAGCUCUCAACUAGUUCACUGAAGGGUUUUGAACUAAAUGUUGAAAUCAUUCAUAAAGACCCCGUAUCAACGUAAAAGCAUAUCCAAUGUAAACUCGAUAUUUUUUCGAUAAAUGCUUGUGCUUGAUUGUAUAGGGAUGAAAUUCUUAUUGAAUUUUUAUUUAUAAGAUGUACAGGCUGUGUGCAAUAUUUAUUUUUUUAGUCUAGUGAGUAAUUGUGUAUUUAACAACUUUCUGAAAAUGGUCACUUCAUUCAGAAAGAAAUGAUGAACAUUUAAACGAAUUAGGUUUAUACGUAACUGAUGAAUAUAGAGAAGGAGAGUGUGAACGAAAAUAAAUCAUAUUUUGUAAAAAAAAGUUCUUUCA